AAAAAACAUAUACAAGAAUUUCAAAUUUGUCAAUUUUUGGAUAAACUUAAACUAAGGAACCAGCAUAAUCCUGAGAGUCAAGUGGAAUCCAUUGGUUCACCAACAAGUAGCCGUUGACGCUUCGGAAGGUCGCGCCAUGUACGAGAAUUCGUGUUCGUAUCAAACGGCGCUGGACUUGAAGCGCGUGUCACCGCCGACGCUCGCCCAGGUGAAGACGGAGGAUUGCCUGACCCUGGGCCAGUGCUCGCCGGACUGGACCUCAUAUCGCUUCCAUCAGUCGACGUUCGAGCAGCUGAAGCAGAGCGUGGAGAAGGCCAAGGCGGCGCUGCAAGAUCGCAGCAGUUUCUUUGGUGCCAGCAGCGCCUUCAGCGACAUCUACUCCAGCCAGCGGCUGAGCGACACGCUGGACACGCUGCCCGCCAUGCAGAAUGGCAGUGGAGCUGGCAACUGUUUGGGUCUCUCACACAAUGCGGGCGCUGGCGUGGGCGUUGGUGUGGGUGUGGGCGUGGGCGUGCUUAAUUACAACACCGUAAGCAGCAGCAGCAGCGUCGGCGUCGGCGURCUUGGCAGCAGCGUGCAGCGACACCGCCUCGAUACACUGCAGCCCCCCUCGGGCUGCUCGCCAGCGGGCACCCAGCACGGAGUCAUCACGUCCAGCGCGGGCCAGCUGUCAGCCUCCAGCUUGGAUGUGGUGGCCAGUUCGCCCUCGUUGCCACCGGCGCUGUCAGCGUCAACCACCUCGCAUGUGGAGCACAAAGUGCGAACAGCUUUAAGUUAA